CAGGCCGGUUUCUACGGCAACGCCUGACAACAGAGAGGAAGAUGGUUUACAUCACGGAGGACAUGGUCCGCCGACGGGCCGAGCACAACGAGUGUGAGAUCUUCUCCCUGGAGGAAGUUUCUCUGCAUCAGCAGGACAUCGAGAGGAUCCAGCACAUCGACAGGUGGUGCAGGGACCUGAGGAUCCUCUACCUGCAAAACAACCUCAUCCCCAGGAUCGAAAAUCUCAGUCGCCUGAAGAAGCUGGAGUAUUUGAAUCUGGCCUUGAACAACAUUGAAGUCAUUGAAAACCUAGAAGGCUGCGAGAGCCUCCAGAAGUUGGACCUGACUGUGAACUUCGUGGGUCGUCUGAGCAGCGUGGAGUCUCUAAAGCACAACAUCCACCUCGCAGAGCUGUUUCUGGUGGGGAACCCCUGCACAGAGUUCGAGGGCUACAGGCAGUAUGUGGUGGCCUCUCUGCCUCAGCUCAAGUGGCUGGACGGGACGGAGAUCAGCCGCUCGGAGAGGAUUCGGGCCUCUCAGGGACUGGAGGAGGUAAAGAGGCAGGUCCGGGAGCAGGAGGAUGAAUACCUGAAGAGGAGAGCCAGGGAGAAAGAGGAGGCGCAGAGGAAGGAAGCAGGAGAGGAGAAAGGAAACGAUGGCCGCUGGUACACCGACAUCAACACAGCGCCAGCGGCGGAGGAGAACAAGGAGAACCGGGAGGUGGAGGAGAACAUGAACCCGAACACGGGGAGCGCCGACCUGGAUGAUGAGCAGCGGGAGAGGGAGUUCUGGCACACGCCGUGUCCUUUCACCCCCGAAUCCCGUCUGGAGGCUCACCACCACUUGGAGCAGAAGAGGAAGGCUCAGGAGAAGGAGAAAGAGAAGAAGCCAAAGGCUCCGAGGACGCUGAUCACUGCCGACGGCCGAGUCAUGAAUGUCAACGAGCCAAAGCUGGAUUUCUGUCUGAAUGAAGAUGAAGAAAACAACACCGUCGUCUUGGAUCUGGCGGUUUACAGACACAUGGACACCUCCUUGAUAGAUGUGGAUGUUCAGCCAACGUACGCCAGAGUGGGCAUCAAAGGAAAGAUAUUUCAGAUGGUUCUGCCUGCCGAAGUGAAGCCCGACAGCUCGACGGCUCAGAGGUCCCAAACCACAGGACACCUGGUCCUCACCAUGCCCAGGGCUAAAGGUGAAAUCAAAGUGACAAAGACCGUCCCACGUCCACCCAGAGCGUGUCCAACCAGCUCGUCUGAGGACAAUAAAAGGAAGAAUCACGUUCCUGAGAGGCUGGAGGCGGACCCCCGCCAACGUACGGCCAUCGACCUCGCCAACAUCGUACCACGACAGCGCACCAAAGAAGGGCCUCUAGAAACACCCGGAGCCGCCCCACCUACCAGCACAGGCUCCUCUGAAGGGUUCGUGGAUGACCCUGAUGUCCCCCCACUCAUAUAA